AUGCUGCCAAGAAGAUGCGUUCUCGGACGUCCGUGUACUGUGCCCCACACCUCAAGCUCGCUUUCCAAAGGAAAGGGAGCUAGUGGAUCCUUCAAGCUAAACAAAGCUGUAAAAGAUGAGAAACCAAAGAAGACAGUUGCAAAGAAGCCCGUUGAUAAGAAACCUGCCAAGGAACCCGCUGCUAAAAAGACCCCCAAGAAACCAGUAGAGAAGAAAACUAAGUCACCGAAGAAAACACCGACCAAAAAGUCAAAAACUGCCGCUGAAUCAAAGAAUAAUAAGAAACCCAUUGUAGUGACUCGACGCCAUAUCUAG